GUUCAAAUUACUAUGUGAUAUGAAAAAUCAAGAAAUAUUAAAUGAAGUACAAAAUCUUUUGGACGCAGAAGAAUUGAAAUUACUAUAUGAUAGACUUUCUCCGCAAAAAACUGAAGAGGUCGAAUAUGAAAUUAUUUUGGAGAUGAAAAAAGAAGUCUGCAAUUUGGACGGGCUAAUAGCAAAAUUUCAAUAUCUAUCCCAUGCUCUUCCUAUUCUACUAAAACAAUAUAAUGAAUUAUUAUAUCCCGAAAUUCAUAUCAUUAAAAGUAUAGCAAGCCAUCUAAACACAAUUACGAAGAUGGAAGGAAUUACUGAUAACACCACGGAAAGAUCAUGGACAGCACAU